UCUGCGCAUGCCCAUGGGCGACUGAUCCCGAAACAAAGUUUCCUCCGGACCAUGGCACGACCCUGCCCGCCCCCGCGCGCAGCCAGGCCACAUCUGGCCCUAUUCAGGGCUUGCUUCUGGCUCUGGGCACAGGACCAUAAGCGAUGCUGGGGAGCAAAUCCUGGUCAGCCACGUACAAGGCAAAGUGUGGUGGAGGACGCCAAGGCCCGCUUGAGGGAGCAUGAUGUGGGGGCCAAGUACUCUCACUGGGUCCCUAACAAGUACUCCAUCCUGUUGCCACUGUUGGUUAAGGAGGGGAGGCUCCACCUCUUAUUCACCCUCCGGUCAAAGAAGCUAAGACGGUCACCGGGAGAAGUGUGUUUCCCUGGAGGCAAGCAUGAGCCCACCGAUGUGGACGAUGUGGCCACAGCACUCCGGGAGGCCCAGGAGGAGGUCGGGCUGGAGCCUCAGCGAGUGGACGUCGUCUGCCGCCUGGUGCCUCACCUGUUGGACAGAGAUGCGUUGAUCAUCCCAGUUGUGGGAUUCAUAGAUCACAACUUCCAAGCACAGCCCAACCCCGAGGAAGUCCAAGAAGUAUUCCUUGUGCCUCUGGAGUAUUUCCUGCACCCUGUUGUCUACCACCAGGAGCGCAUCCUCAAGAAUGGCCUUCCUGCAAUCAUCCACUGCUUUGAGUACACCAGCCCUGAAAAUGGGGCGACCUACCACAUCCGGGGAAUAACUGCAAGAGCUGCCCUGCUCGUUGCCUUGAUUAUUUUGGAGGGGAAACCCACCUUUGAGGUUGAGUUUAAUCUCAGCAACCUCAGGUCAUCCUCCGAAGAGCUCUUCCUGAUGCACCACAAACACACUAUAAGCAAGUUAUGAUUCUUGAGACCAGCACCCAGAUACUGUCUCGGAAAAAGGGUUUUGUGUCUGCUUAUGCACAGAACUGUCAUGCCAGCUGUUGAAAUUUGCCGGGUGUGAAGGGCUGGGAGUAAUAUAGUGUAGCAGGUAGGGCUUUUGCCUUGCACAGGGCCAACGCGGGUUUGAUCCCUGCAUCCCAGAUGGUCCCCCAAGCACUACCAGGCAUAGUUCUUGAGUGCGAAGCUGGGAGUAACUCCUGAGCAUCACUAGGUAUAACCUCCAAAAAAAGAAAAGGAGGAAGAGAGGGAGGAAAUGAAGGAAGGAAGGAAGGAAGGAAGGAAGGAAGGAAGGAAGGAAGGAAGGUAAAUUUGACAGGUGUGAUUUCUCUGCCAUUUGAAGGGUAACAAAUCUUGCUUUCAUACUCACUUCCCAUCCCCAGUUGACAAAAAACAAAACUCACAAGUGGGGAAACUAUGUUUAAAGUGUGGCAUAAUGUCACCCACAAUAUGGUAACUAUUUUCUUUACCCAUGUAAGAUAAAAACUAAAUGGCACAAAAUAGGCACUUAAUAAAUAUUUAUUAAACAUA